AUGGACAUGGACGUGGACGUGGACGUGGACGUGGACGUGGACGUGGAGGUGGACGUGGACAUGGACGUGGACGUGGACGUGGACGUAGACAUGGACGUGGACGUGGACAUGGACGUGGACGUGGACGUGGACAUGGACGUGGACGUGGACGUGGACGUGGACGUGGACGUGGAGGUGGACAUGGACGUGGACGUGGACAUGGACGUGGACGUGGACGUGGACGUGGACGUGGACGUGGAGGUGGACAUGGACGUGGACAUGGUCGUGGACGUGGACGUGGACAUGGACGUGGACAUGGACGUGGACGUGGACGUGGACGUGGACGUGGACGUGGACGUGGACGUAGACGUGGACGUGGACGUGGACGUGGACGUGGACGUGGACCUGGUCGUGGACGUGGACCUGGUCGUGGACGUGGACGUGGACGUGGACGUGGACGUGGACGUUGACGUGGACGUGGACGUGGACGUGGACGUAGUCGUAGACGUGGACAUGGACGUGGACAUGGACGUGGACGUGGACGUGGACGUGGACGUGGUCGUGGACAUGGACCUGGACGUGGACGUGGACGUGGACGACUUGGACGUGGACAUGGACGUGGACGUGGACGUGGUCAUGGACGUGGACGUGGACGUGGACGUGGUCCUGGUCGUGGACGUGGUCGUAGACGUGGACGUGGCCGUCCUCGACGUGGACUUGCACGUGGACGUGGACGUGGACGUGGACGUGGUCGUGGACGUGGACGUGGACAUGGACGUGGUCGUGGUCGUGGUCGUGGACGUAGACGUGGUCGUGGAUGUGGACGUGGACGUGGACGCGGAGGACGUGGACGUGGACGCGGAGGACGUGGACGUGGACGUGGACAUGGACGUGGACGUGGACGUGGACGUGGACAUGGACGUGGACGUGGACGUGGACGUGGACGUGGACGAGGACAUGGACGUGGACGUGGACGUGGACGUGGACAUGGUCGUGGACGUGGACGUGGACGUGGACAUGGACGUGGAGGUGGACGUGGUCGUGGACGUGGACGUGGACGUGGACGUGGACGUGGACGUGGACGUGGUCGUGGACGUGGACGUGGACCUGGACGUGGAGGUGGACGUGGACGUGGACGUGGACGUGGACGUGGACGUGGACGUGGACCUGGACGUGGUCGUGGACGUGGACGUGGACGUGGACGUGGACGUGGACCUGGACGUGGUCGUGGACGUGGACCUGGACGUGGACGUGGACGUGGACGUGGACGUGGACAUGGACGUGGAGGUGGACGUGGACGUGGACGUGGACGUGGACGUGGAUAUGGACGUGGACGUGGACGUGGACAUGGACAUGGACGUGGACGUGAAUAUGGACGUGGUCGUGGAUGUGGACGUGGACGUGGACGCGGAGGACGUGGACGUGGACACGGAGGACGUGGACGUGGACGCGGUGGACGUGGAUGUGGACGUGGACAUGGUCGUGGACGUGGACGUGGAAAUGGACGUGGACGUGGACGUUGACGUGGACGUGGACAUGGACGUGGACGUGGACGUGGACAUGGUCGUGGACGUGGACGUGGACGUGGACAUGGACAUGGACGUGGACGUGGAUGUGGACAUGGUCGUGGACAUGGACGUGGACAUGGUCGUGGACAUGGACGUGGACGUGGUCGUGGACGUGGACGUGGACGUGGACGUGGACGUGGACCUGGACGUGGACGUGGACGUGGACGUGGAUGUGGACGUGGACGUGGACCUGGACGUGGUCGUAGACGUGGACGUGGACAUGGACGUGGACGUGGACGUGGACGUGGACGUGGUCGUGGACGUGGACCUGGACGUGGACAUGGACGUGGACGUGGACGUGGUCGUGGACGUGGACCUGGACGUGGACGUGGACGUGGACGUGGACCUGGACGUGGACGUGGUCGUGGACGUGGACCUGGACGUGGACGUGGACGUGGACGUGGACGUGGACCUGGACGUGGUCGUGGACGUGGACGUGGACGUGGACGUGGACGUGGACGUGGACGUGGACGUGGACGUGGACGUGGACGUGGAUAUGGACGUGGACGUGGACGUGGACAUGGACGUGGACAUGGACGUGGACGUGGACGUGGAUAUGGACGUGGACGUGGAUGUGGACGUGGACAGGGACGUGGACCUGGACGUGGACGUGGACGUGGUCAUGGACGUGGACAUGGACGUGGACGUGGACGUGGACAGGGACGUGGACACGGACGUGGACAUGGACGUGGACACGGACGUGGACACGGACGUGGACAUGGUUGGGACGUGGACGUGGACGUGGACGUGGACGUGGACAUGGACGUGGACGUGGGCGUGGACGUGGACGUGGACGUGGCCUGCACGUGGAUAUGGACGUGGACGUGGACGUGGACGUUGA